CCAUGAAAACGGGGGAGAAUGGGGAGAAUUCCAUGAAAACGGGGGAGAAUUCCAUGAAAAUGGGGGAGAAUUCCAUAAAAACGGGGGAUAAUGGGGCAGAAUUCCAUGAAAACAGGAGAAUGGGGAGCAUUCCAUGAAAACGGGGGAGAAUUCCAUGAAAAGGGGGGAGAAUGGGGAGAAUUCCAUGAAAAUGGGGGAGAAUUCCAUGAAAAGGGGGGAGAAUGGGGAGAAUUCCAUGAAAAGGGGGGAGAAUGGGGAGAAUUCCAUGAAAACGGGGGAGAAUUCCAUGAAAACAGGAUAAUAAAGGAGUAUUUCCUAAAUACAGGAGAUGAUAAGGGAAUAGUUCCUGAAAAUAUGGGAUAAUGAGAGAGUAUUCCCUAAAAAUGGGGGUCUGUUCCCUAAAAAUGGGAUAAUAAGGGAAUAUUCCCUAAAACCAAGGGAUUAUAAGAGAAUAUUCCCUAAAAAUGGGGGAUAGUAAGGGAAUACUCCCCAAAAGCAGGGAAUUCUGAGGGAAUAUUCCCCCAAGCAGGGAAGGGGCGGGCAGCAGCAGCAGCAGCGAGGUUUGGAGAGGUGAAGGGGAAUUGGGAUUUUCCAUCCCUCGGGGCGUUGGUGUUGUUGUUGUUUUUUUAGGGAUGAAUCCUCCCGGGACUUUUUUGGAUCGAAAUUCCGGCAGGGAGAGGCCCCUCAGGGCAUCCCAGCCCGUCCCUAAAUCCCUCGCUGCUCUGUCCUUGCCGGCGGCGCCGCGUUUACAAAAACAGGGAUGGAUGGAAUUUUUUUCCCCUGGAAAUUCACGAUAAGGGUGAAUUUCCAGGGGAACCCAAACCAGUUCCAUCCCUUUUUCCCUCCCACUGAGGCGAAUCCUCAAGCUGGACGCAUUCAUGGCACCAAAAAAAUUCCCAUUUUUGCCUCAUUUCCCCCCAGAGCUGGAAAACCCGGCCCAGAUCUGAUGGCUGAACUGAGUUCACCGCUGAAACAGGGGAAACCCCAACUUCCUUCCCCUUCUGGCCCCAAAUCUCCAAAAUCUCUAGUUUUUAUUUCAGCUGAGCUGGGUGGGGCCGAGCAGAGAGCAGAUCAGGGCUGUCGUGAGCCCGCCAUGUCCGCCAAGGUGCCGAUCUACCUGAAGAGAGGCAGCCGCAAGGGCAAGAAGGAGAAGCUGCGGGACAUCCUGUCCUCGGACAUGAUCAGCCCUCCGCUGGGCGACUUCCGCCACACCAUCCACGUGGGCAGCGGCGGCGAGAGCGACACGUUCGGGGACGUCUCCUUCCUGCAGGGCAAGUUCCACCUGCUGCCUCGUGGCGACGCCGGCGACCGCGGCGCCGAGGCGGCGCCGUUCGAGUUCUCGCGCGCGGCCACCAUGUCGGGCGGCGAGGCGGCCGCGGCGCCGUCGCCGCUGCUGAAGGUCGCCGUCCCCCGGCUGGCCGCCAACGGCGAGGCCGAGCCCUUCCUGUCGCACGCCGGGUCCCUGCUGUCCCUGCACGUGGACCUGGGGCCGUCCAUCCUGGAGGACGUGCUGCAGGUCAUGGACAGGCACCAGGCCGAGCGCGGCGCCGGCGCCCGGCCGGAGAUCCUGACGUGAGGAAGGCGUUGGGAAAUGGACGGUGAGGAUGAGGAUGAGGAUUUUGGGCGGUUUUCGGGUGUGGCUCUCGGAUUCCAGCUCGCGUUUCCUCGCGCCGGGUGAGGGUUUGGCCUCGGGGGAGAAGCGGAGUGACCCCACGAGCUCUCCCGGCCUCCUCAGUGCCCGAGCUGACCACGGGAAACCCCACGGGAUGAAUUCCCAAAGAUUCCAGCCAGGAGGAUUCGGGGGGACAGCGGGGGUUUGUUCUCCACGGCUCUGAACCUCCUGAACCGUCACGGCGCUGUCACCUCAACUUCUCCUCCAUGAAAUCCUUUGGAAAUCCCACAGAGGGGGAAACUUCCACUGGGAAAUCUCCACCGGGCUCUGUGUCCCUGUGGAGAAGCCAAAACUCCGCGUGGAGGAGCCGGGAUCUCCCAACGGAGCUCUUGUUCUAGGAACUCAAUCCAAGGAGGGGCCAAAAACCCCUCUGGGGCCGAACCGGAAAUGGUCGAGGAGAUGCAAAACCAACCAAAAAUCCCAACGUGAGCUGCAGGUGGAUCCUGGCACGGACGGAUCCGUCGCGGACGGUUUGGGUGGAGUGGGAGCAGGGAAUGCUGAGGGGAAUUCCAGCUGGAUUUUGGGGAAUAGGGACAAGAACCCCUCUGGAAACGCUGCUGGUGGAGGAGCCAGGGUGGGACCAGCGGGGCCUCCUCGUCCAGGCUCCUGUCACCAAUUCCACCCUUUCACCGAUUUCUGGCAGUUUGAGCCCAGAGCUGGAUCCCCCCAGGGCGGAGUCGCGGCCCCUCCUGACCCCGGUGCUGUUCCUCAUUGCCUAACGAGUCUAAUUUAGAUUAUCUGACUAAUGACUCAUUAGAUUCUCGUUAACGAACCCUUGUCCUGCCUCUUCCUUCCCCUCCCCCUGUGCGUCAGUAAACCCGAACCACUUUUGGUGCAAACACCCAGAAUUUGGGGAUAAACCCAUUUCCCAAGGUUUUCAUCUGUAAAAUAAGCAACAAACUGAGGCUAGUUAGGCUCGAUCAGGUUUAAUUUCUAUUUGGUCCAACCUUUCCCUGCUCUAAACUCUUUUCUCCCCCCACACUCUGUCCACGUUUUAUUUAUUUUGGGAUUUUUCCUCCCCAACCCAAUUCCAGCCGUUUCAGAGCCUCAUUUGUGAUUAAUUAACCCCAGGGACGUUUGUGAUUAAUUGACCCCAGAGAUUGGGAUGGGAAUGUGGCUCCGUGUCCCCUCCUGUCCCACAAACACACCACAGCUGCUGCUCAGAGAAACAACGUGAAGGGAAACGGGCCCAGAACGGCUCAUUUUGGGCGGGUUUCUGUGCUUUGGGGGCUUUCCAACAUGGGCUGGGUUGGGACAACGUGGAUGGACUUUUUUCCCUGGAUUUCACCCCAAUUUUCCUGGGUUCCACCCACCCUAAUCAGUGAUUUAAAGAUGGAGCUGUUUGUGCCCCACCUCAGCCCAGGAAUUGCGAAACCGUUGCUGUCGGAGCUGUUUCGAAAUAUCAAAAUCAGCCAAAAUCCCCUUUUUUUUUCCUUUUUGUUCCUUUUCUCCCUCAUUUUUUUCCCUUCCACAACUCAGGGCUGAAUUUUGGGGUGUUCCAGCUUUGAUUUGGGACCUCGUCCACUCCUUUCUGUUCUCCUCCCACUCAUCCCCCCGUGCUCCAGUCCUGGAAAAGCUCCUUCAAUUUGCCAAAUUUGGGGGAUUUUUUAACCAUUAAAAGGUGAUUUUGCUUUUCUCACCUCUCUCCUCCUUCCUUUCUUCCCUAAUAUAAACGCCCUUGCUAUAAACCCCUAAAAUUAUCCCCAAGAUUAUUGUUAUUAUCCCUGAAAUUAUCCCAAACAUCACUUUAUCCCUGAAAUGUUUUUUUCCCCCAAUCUCAUCUCCUGCAAAAAACCCAAAUUCCUUAAUUAUUAAUUCAUGAAUAAAUCAUUUG